AUGAUGAGGAAACUGUUUAUAGCUAAACUGCGCGGAAGAUUUAGUAAAUAUGACGACAAUGGAAAUCGAUUUCUAUACGACAGAUACGACCGACACGACAGAUACUACAGAUACGACCGACACGACAAAUAUGACAGAUACGACCGACACGACAGAUACUACAGAUACGACCGACACGACAGAUACUACAGAUACGACCGACACGACAAAUACGACCGACACGACAAAUACGACAGAUACGACCUAUGCGAGAUAGAUACUACCGACACGACAGAUACGACAGAUACGACCGAUGCGUCCGACACGACCGAUGCGGCAGAUACGACAGAUACGACCGACACGACAUAUACGACAGACACGACGGAUACGACCGACACGACAAAUACGACCGACACGACAUAUACGACAGACACGACAGAUACGACCGACACGACAUAUACGACAGACACGACAGAUACGACCGACACGACUGAUGCGACCGACACGACAAAUACGACCGACACGACAUAUACGACAGACACGACAGAUACGACCGACACGACAUAUACGACAGACACGACAGAUACGACCGACACGACUGAUGCGACCGACACGACUAACAACAGACACGAGAGACACGACAGACACGACAGACACGACGGACACGACGGACACGACCGACACGACAGACACAACCGACCAGAACGACAGACACAUUUUUUUAAACAGUUUUCUGAAAAUCCCAACCUUGUCAAACUCUGUAGUGAUUUCCAAAUUAAAUUAAACGGCGAUAAACGGAAACAAUCAGGCUCAGGCUCAAACAUAACACUACCACAGGGACCUAUGUCACAACUCACACUCAUCAUCGUGGCAAUCCCGUAG